CUCCAACCACAAUGCUUUCUUACUGAUUGAAUCGCGUCCAUCAUGGCAUUCAAGUCGCAUAACUAUACUCUAUUACCGCAAGGCGAGUCGGAGCCCUUGACCGCCUCUCGUCAGCGCACAAAAUGGAACUGGAAACGGAUCCUGCACUUUACGAUUCCAGGCAUCUUGGUCCUCGUCCUGGUUCUGUUCCUAUCAAUUUCUCAAGCAAUUAAGGGCAGCAAAGAUCCUCAGGUCUUCCCACAUCCUGACACGACAGCAUGCCCUCAGUUUCCUGCAAUCGAAAGCUUGUCGGAUGACCGAAAGAAACUGGAGACGGAAGUCCGGGACAAAAUUGGCAGUGAUGAUUUUUUCAACGAGAGCUUGAAGAGAAUGCAAGGUGCUGUGCAGAUACCGACAGAGAGCUUUGAUGAUAUGGGUAAGGUUGGAGAGGACCCGAGAUGGGAUGUUUUCAUUGAAUUCCAUGAUUACUUGAAGAAGACGUUUCCUCUGGUCUAUUCAAAGCUCGAAUUCACUCCCAUAAAUACAUACGGAAUACUCCUCGAAUGGAAAGGGAAGGACGAAUCGCUGAAACCAUACCUCUUCAUGGCACACCAAGACGUUGUUCCCGUCCUCAAGGUUACCGAGUCCAGAUGGAAAUACCCACCCUAUUCGGCACAUUACGAUGGCAGAUAUAUAUGGGGUCGAGGAGCAACGGAUUGCAAAAAUAACCUGAUUGGCGUUUUGGAAGCUUUUGAAAUCCUCCUAGAGAAGGACUUCACACCCGGGAGAAGUAUUCUCGCUGGAUUUGGUUUCGAUGAGGAGAUCAGUGGGCCUCAGGGAGCACAAUUUAUUGCUAAACAUCUCGAAGACACAAGAGGGAAGGAUUCAAUUGAAUUGAUUGUGGAUGAGGGAGGUUUGGGAAUCCAGGUGGUGGAUGGAGCGACUUUUGCUUUGCCAGGGUUGGGCGAAAAAGGAUAUUUUGAUGUUAGAAUAACCGUCGAGACUUCCGGCGGCCAUUCAUCAGUUCCACCUGACCACACCGGGAUUGGGAUACUCUCUCAAGUCAUCUCAGCUGUGGAGGCGGAACCGUAUGAACCGGAGCUCACACCUGCCAAUCCUUACUUCACCACCUUACAAUGCUCAGCAGAAUACGCUCCUGACAUGGAUUCCUGGCUGCGGAAAACCAUCAAGAAAUCGUUGAAAAGCAAGAAGGCUGCUAAAUCUGUGGCUGAUUAUAUCGCAAAGAAGAACGUUUUCCAGAGAUAUCUCAUGCAGACUUCACAAGCUACAGAUCUCAUAUCGGGCGGCGUGAAGAUCAACGCUCUACCAGAAAAGGUCUACGCAGUAAUUAAUCACCGCAUCGCGGUCGAGAGUCAUGUCGAUGAUAUCCGUUCCAAGCUCCGAACGCUGGUAGAGUCCAAGAUCUUGAAGAAGUUUUCAAUGUCCCUGGAUGCAUGGGGCGACGUUUCAGGAAACACUUCAAGUUCAGCCGUUGGCCAGAUCAUACUGGAGGACUUCGAUAUGCCACUUGAGCCGUCUCCGGUGUCACCCUUUGACACCGAUGCUUACAAGACGUUCACUGGAACGAUCAAGCAAGUGAUGGGAGAGGAUAUUAUCGUCGCACCUAGCUUAAUGACGGGGAACACCGAUACGAAAUUCUACUGGGGUCUGACGCCAAAUAUAUAUCGGUUCAGUCCGAUGAGGGAAGAGGGAAGAGCAAAUGCACACACGGUUGAUGAGCGUGUUGGGAUGAAAGAGCAUAUUGAGGCCGUGAAGUUUUACGCCCAAUUAAUAUUGAAUGGUGACGGGUCGUGAUCGGUCAAAGGGUAGUUUUUAGGUACAACUGGUUUGCACAGUAUAUAUUUCCGAGAAGGAGGUCAAGUGGCCGAUCUUUCCCGGCUCACUAGCAUUGCAGAUUCCAAAAGAUUUUUGAGUCUCUCAAACCUGGCCCUUUGCCAACGUUUUGACUCUGCUUGGAGCAUCAAGUGAUGGGGACAUCGUGGAGAAAGAAAUUAAUAUGUUUCUAUGGCUCCAUCAAAUCAACACCUUUCCACUAUUUUUAAAUCUGUAGGACAAAUGUGUGCCAGCAC